AUAUUAUAUACAACAUUGGCUUUUUUAAAAAAAGAAAUAUUGCAUACAACAAACUGCGAGCGAAGUGUGUUCAAUACUUCUCUCUCUGCUCCCUCCAAAUCUAAGAUGGCCUCUUCUCCCUACCGAGAUCGAACCGUCGAGUUCCGAUCUCUUACCGAUACUCUCAAAAAGAUCGGAGGAAUCUCAGCCGUUAAUAAUGCAGAAAACUAUUCGUCUACACCUGAAACCUCCCUACAUGCCUCGCCUUCUAGUUCUAGAUCCCAAUUUAAUAAGAAAGCCUCGCUGAUCGGGUUGGGCAUCCAUGAAGCCUCUCAGAAAAUCGCCAAGCUCGCUCAGUUGGCGAAAAGAUCAUCAAUGUUUGAUGACCCGCUUGUAGAAAUACAGGAGUUAACUGUGAUGAUAAAGAACGACAUUACAACGCUCAAUGUUGCUCUCACUGAUUUGCAAACUAUACAAAAUAUGGAGAUAGCUGAUGGCAAUUACUCUCAGGACAAAGUUGUUCACUCCACAGCUGUUUGUGAUGACUUGAAAGGCAAACUUAUGGGGGCUACCAAAAAGCUUCAAGAUGUGUUGACUGCUAGAACAGAAAAUAUAAAGGCUCAUGAGAAUAGAAGGCAGAUGUUUUCCACAAAUGCAUCUAGACAAAAUCCUUUCAAGAAUCAAGCAAAAACUCUGAAUGAACCACUCCCGUGGUCAAGCUCGUCCAAUGCACCUGGCAGUUCCCAACCAUCAGUCAGUUUACCACCUAAUGGAGCUCAAGCUAGCAACCAAUUAAGACGAAGAUUAGCAGGGGACAGCCCUCCAACCCAGCAAAUGGAAAUGUCCAUGCUACAGCAGGUAGUUCCACGGCAAGAGAAUCAUAUGCAGAGCAGGGCGGUUGCUCUUCACAAUGUAGAAUCUACAAUUACUGAACUUAGUGGGAUCUUUACACAUUUGGCUACUAUGGUUGCCCAACAAGGGGAACUAGCUAUCAGGAUUGAUGAUAACAUGGAUGAGUCAUUGACCAAUGUUGAAGGUGCUCGCAGCGCUCUUCUGAGGAAUCUCAACCAAAUAUCAUCAAAUAGGUGGCUUCUAAUCAAAAUAUUUGGGGUACUGAUAUUUUUCUUGAUUGUAUUCAUUAUGUUCGUGGCUUGAACUUCAAUAGUGAACUGAGCAUUAGAAGUUCCUGCUACAUAUCAUUUCAUUUGUAAUUGCUUGUAGGUAUAGGAAUAGGAUACCUCGUUAUUAAGGAGUGAUUUGGGCUCCCUUGUUCUGUAGAAUGGUCUUUCUUGUUUGUCUUUUUUCCUUUUUACUACAAUAAGCUAUUGCAUAGUAGAAGAGCGUAUUGAUAUAGAUUUUUUUUUGAACAAUAUAUGGAUAUAGAUUAUUGCUUGUACUUAAUAUACAACACAAUAUGCUGAUAGCUUGUCUCUGUGAAAUUUGAAAUUCUUUAUUCAUGGUUGAUUUAUUUGGUAUAAAAUAUUAACCUUCUAAAAAGAAA